AUGUCUACUGAACCCCUCAACGUCAUCGCUUUGAUCUCGGGCGGCAAGGACUCUCUGUACUCGAUUCUGCACUGCAUCCGCAAUGGGCACCGAGUAGUCGCCCUGGCGAAUCUGCGUCCUCCUCGUCCUCCUCCAACCAGUACCUCAACUGAGGGCAGCAGCAGCAGUGGAGAAAUUGAAAAAGAGGAUAUAGAUAGCUUCAUGUACCAGACAAUCGGCCACAACGUCAUACCCCUAUACGAAUCCGCGCUGGGUAUACCCCUAUACCGGGGCGAUAUUACAGGCGUAGCGGUUGAUACGUCGCGGAUAUACCGUGACCAAGACAAAGGAGAAGAAGAAGAAGAAGAAGAAGAAGAAGAAGAAGAAGAAGAAGAAGAAGAAGGAGAGGAUGAGACGGAAUCUCUAAUGCCCUUACUAUCACGCAUAAAGAGAGAUAUUCCGCAUGCAAACGCGGUUUCUGCGGGAGCCAUAUUGUCGACGUACCAAAGAACGAGGAUUGAGAAUGUUGCGGGACGGUUGGGGCUGGUCCCGUUGGCAUUUUUGUGGAUGUUUCCGUUUCUCCCGCCUUCUUCUUCUUCUUCUUCGGGGGCAGGGGGCCUGUUGGAUGAUAUGGCUGCUGUCGGAUGCGAUGCGCGAAUUAUCAAGGUUGCUUCGGGGGGUCUGGAUGAUGAUAUUCUCUGGGAGAAUGUGGCUUCACCCAAAACGCAAAGACGGCUCGAGAAAGUCAUGAGACCAUACGUUGAUGAUGCGCAGACUUUGAGAGGAGCUGUCUUGGGCGAGGGGGGUGAAUAUGAGACUCUUGCUCUUGAUGGGCCGGCGUUUUUGUGGAAAAAGAAGAUUGUUGUGGAAGAGAGUGAUAGGGAGGUUUGUAGGGUUGACAGUGGUGUGAGCCAUGUUAGGGUUUUGAAAGCGAGAUGUGAUGAGAAGGAUGAUGAUGAGGAGGCGACGGCAGUGACGCCGGAGGAUAUUAGGAGGCCGGCGCGGUUUGAUGAGAAGUUCUACCGAGUCUUGAAUGGUUUGCAGGAAGGAGAGUUUGUUUCUGUCGGAGGAGAUGCUGGCCAGGCUCCAAACCCAGAGUCAAACUAUACUAUCGACGUGUGCUCAAAAUCACUCGGAAACCUCUAUACAAUCUCGAAUCUCACAGCCCCCGAAGCCGGCCCAACCGCCGACGCACAAAUGCACGCAAUCACAGAAAAGCUACAGACACUUCUACAGUCCAUCAACACCCAUUCUACUAUAUCUACAAACGACAUCGUCUUCACCACAGUCCUGCUACGGUCAAUGCAGGACUUCGCUCCCAUGAAUGGGAUAUACGUCUCGCUCUUUACGAAACCCAACCCUCCCGCAAGGGUCACAGUAGCAUGCGGCGAUCGUCUACCCGACGGCGUGCAGGUAAUGAUUUCGACCGUCAUUGACCUCGGCGAACGCAACAAGAGAGAAGGACUCCAUGUCCAGUCACGCUCUUACUGGGCGCCGGCAAACAUUGGACCUUACUCGCAGGCCAUUACGGUGCCUUAUACUCCUCAACAAGAAGGACCGAGUGGCAGCCUGGUAUAUAUCGCUGGUCAGAUCCCGUUAGAUCCGUCAUCGAUGGAAAUACCUGGUGGGAUUGAUCAGACCGACGAAAAAUGGGUUUCAAAUUUUGGUCUGCAUGCCACACUGUCGUUGCAGCAUCUGUGGAGGAUUGGGCUUGCCACCAAAGUUGAGUGGUGGAUUGGUACGAUUGUGUUUCUGGCUAGAUGCCAUCGCCAACAACAGCGUGGUCAUCAAAAGGCGCGCGUAGCACAGCGAUUGUGGCAAGCGAUGCAUUCACGGGGGGAUGACGUCGAAGAGGAAGACGCAGAUUUGGAUAUCUGGGAUAUCAAGCAUGGUCUUUCAGAAGAUCCUAGAAUGUCGCAAGGUGGUCCAUCGCUUCCGCGCUGGGACGUAUUGGCUGAUGGUGAUGAUAAUGACAAGGAUGAUGUUCAUCCGCCCUGCUUCACGGUCGAAGUCGAGCAACUCCCGCGAAAUAGUGAUAUCGAGUGGCAGGCACUCGGUACCACGGGUAUCCCUAUCAAUGCUCCGACCAAAAUAUCUUGCACAACCGAUCCAGAGACGAGGAUAUGGUGUACAAAACUAGGUGAUCGUAACGGGUCGUUUUAUGCCGUUGAGAUCCCAGAAACCCGAAGCACAAAUCUACGGGAUAGGAUAGAUGCAGUAUUAUCUGAGAUUGGUGUGGUAGAAGCUGGGCAAUCUUUGGCACACUGCACGAUGUAUACAUCCUAUGCACAGUCAGUGACCCAUUGGGAAGGACAGGUUGUACCUUGUUAUAAUGUAUGGGGGAGUGAUGGGGCUCGUAUUGCUGCUGCUAUUACUGUGCAAUUAAAGGCUUAA